AUGCUCCGACAAACUGUAUCGUCCGCCUCUCGCGCCCUGCGCUCCACUGCCCGGCUCGGCACUCAAAGGCAAGCCAUUGGCUUUGCUCAAUCCCAGCACACACCCCUCACCCUCGCUUCGAGGACCCUUGUGCCGAGGGCACGAUGGUACAGCGACGCCGUGAAGGAAGAAACUACGAAGGAGGAGGCCAAGACAGAGGAGACUAAAAAGGAGGGGGAGAGUGAACCUGAGAGCCCCGAGGCCGCCCUCAAGAAGCAACUAGAAGAGAAGGAUGCCGAGAUCCGGAAGCUCAAGGACCACUACCUCCGAUCGGUGGCCGACUUCCGCAACCUGCAAGAACGCACCGCGCGCGAGAUGAAGAACGCCCGGGACUUUGCCAUCCAGAAGUUCGCCAAGGAUCUUGUCGAGUCGGUCGACAACUUCGACCGUGCACUAGGCGUGGUGCCCGCAGAGAAGCUCAAGCCAGAGAACAAGGCUGAGAACGAGGACCUCGUCAACUUCUAUGACGGCCUCAAGAUGACCGAGAACAUCCUGAUGUCGACCCUCAAGAAGCAUGGCCUCGAGCGGUUCGAGCCCACCGGCGAGGUCUUCAACCCGAACGAGCAUGAGGCAACUUUCAUGACUCCCAUGGCCGACAAGGAGCAUAACACCGUCUUCCACGUCCAGCAGAAGGGAUUCAAGCUCAAUGGCCGUGUUCUGCGCCCGGCCCAGGUUGGCGUUGUCAAGAACAAAUAA